UUUAUCUUUCGUUGUUGUGACUUGGAUAAAUUAAGCAUCAAAUCCCAAAGAUUCACACUAUUUACUGCAAACGGAAUACCGAAGUUGGAGGGAAAGAUAACUGCUCGGGGUCAGAUGUCACUCGCAACUUUAUUUUGAAAAUCCCCUGAUUCACACAGCGGAAGUAGAUGAUAUUCUUCUUCCGGAGGUUGCGCGCUGUUAUGUUUUACGUUCCGAUUUGUGUUUUGCUUUAUCGUUUGUGUUUUUUUUGUGACAUUAUUUUUAGCAGCCGCGUUGGCUGUAACUUACUGACACGUCUUGCACAUGACGCGUUUGUUUGACGCUUCAAGGAACGACGCACCGAGUUAGCGAUCUACGUUACAGAAUAACCGCGCUGCCGACUUCACGACUCGCUAGCUUGCAGGAUGUCUAAACUUGAACGUUUGAAUGCCCGAGUGGCUAAGCUGCUGACCGAAGCGGUGCACGAGGUGCUCGGGGUGGUGAAGGAGACGGUGUCAGAGUACCAGGAGAAAACCGCCCGAACGCAAAGAGAGAACGAGAGUCUGAAGAGGAGGCUGCAGGACCUCCAGGACAAGAUGACCAGAUCAAGUAUAGCUGUUCUUCCGACGUGGAGUCCGUUCCCUGAAGAGACAGAAGACACGCUGAGUCAGGAGCAGGAUUUGCUGCUCGCUUUGAGGCAGGACCUGGGCCUCGCUCUGCAGAUAAGCGGCCACCAAGCCGACCAUGACGUGAAGCGUGAACUGGAACCGCAGGAGAGCUUCACUGACACCGAACCGCAAGCCGAGUGCGACGCCGAGCCGACGGCAGAAGAUCGCAUCGCCCGACGAGAGGCGGUGACGCCGAUUAUCGAGGACGCGAUGACGGUCCACACGUACAGCGACGACGCAGAAAACAGCGCCGUCUCUCCCAAUAGUGCGUGCACCUCUCGAUAUGGCACCUCGCUCGGGGUAGACCUGGCGAUUAUCAAAAGAGAGUUGGAACUAACAGACUGCACCACAUCGGAACCGCCGGCUCUUCAGCGGCAGUACGGCGGAUGUGUCGAUUUGAGCUGCAACUCCUCCCGUCAGAACUCCGCUGAGACGGACGGGUCGCAAGCCGGCGCCGAGCCUCCCGAGCGCGUCUUCGUCCACUCGAGACACGGCGCGCCGAGGAGGCACGGCUUCGCCAAAACCAACAGGGGAGCGUUCGAAGGGAGGAAAAUCCGGAUGGAGCACUUCACGGGAGACGAGUCGCACUUGUGCGUCGUGUGCGGAAAGACGUUCGGCAGGCUCGGCAACUUGAGGAUCCACCAGCGCUGUCACACGGGGGAGAAGCCGUACGGCUGCGUUCAGUGCGGGAGGCGGUUCAGUCAGGCGGGAGACCUGAAGAAACACAAGAGGGUGCACACCGGGGAGAAACCCUACUACUGCAACCAGUGCGGGAAGAGCUUCAGUCGGGGGGAGAAUCUGAAAAGACAUAAGAAGAUCCACAUCGGAGAGAUCUUACAGUUGCAGCAAGCGUGGCGGCAGCAACAGCCGUGAUGGUUCUGCUCGACUUAAAUAUAUCAGCACACUGUGUUUAGAAUCUGUGUCGCAUCUUUUUGGACUUUGCCCUGCGCUUCAGUCAUCGUUGCAGAUCUAAACUACAGAACAUAUUGAAACGAGUCUUUUGAAUGUCUUUUGGAUUUUCAGUGUUAUGUGCUCGUCACGCUCGUCUUUUUGGCCGUCUGAUUGUGAUGAAAACGGGCCCCGGAACCAAAGAGGCUAUAAAGCUUUACAGAUAGCGACGCACUGGUAUUUAUCAUUAUCCGACUAAUAUUGUGGGAAAACAGGAUUUGGUCAAUUGAGGAAUUGCAAAUCUCGUAGAAAUGUUGUAGUAAUAUUCACUCAAAGGUCCUCCACAUCCGUGAUGGAUUCAUAAAUAUUGUGGCUGAUUAGAAGUCGGGACUUUGUGCUCUCUCCUUCUCCUGUUUGCGUUAUUGUACCACAAGUUCCAUCUCGAUCUUUCUUGUUGGUACAAAGAGUUUUUACUCCAGUGGAGCUCACCUUCAGUCCAGGUCUAGUGCAGGGGUGUGCAGGGCGUUUACGGUCGGCAUCGGCAAAUAGCACGUUUUAUUUUGGAGAUUUUUAUUUGAAUUUAUUUUUACGACGCACAGCAUUAUCAGGAAUGUGACAGGCAACGCAGUAGAUACAACUUUAGACGUUAACAUUUUAAAAGCUGUAUUCGGGGUUCGUACGGUCAUGGGAAACCUGGAAAAGUCAUGGAAUUAUAAAAGUCUUUUCCAAGCCUGGAAAAGUCAUGGAAAAAACUUAAAUCAUAAAAGUUUGGGAAAAAUCAUGGAAAUUUGUUAUAAUCACAUGUUCAUUUACGCCGAGUUUGAAAUAAUUGAUAUGUUUUUUAAAGAAAGACGCUCAAAAUAUGAGCCGGCGUACGCUCUCAAUACGCAACAUUUUUAAAUUGUUCAUGUUUAUACCGAGAUUUCAGUUUGGUCGUGGACAUUUGGUUUAAAGUCCUGGAAAUCCAUCGGUCAACAUGUGUAAGAACCCUGUGUAUUAAUGCAUCUCUACUUUGCUGUAACAACUCUUGUUUUUGGGCUAAAUAUGUAUAUACAGUGAGCCUUUGAUCAGGAGAGAAGGUUGACGCAUUGUGCGUUGACACUGUGUUAUAUUACAACGCACUGUCUGGCCACGUAGACAAAUUAGUUCUGUCAAAUAAGUAAAUGGUGAAGACAAUUAUUGAAACUUUUGAAAAUCAGGAUAGGAGAUUAUUAUUGAAAUUGUCUGAUUUUCCAGAUUUAUUGAAGCUUGCUGUGUGCUGGAUAGAUUAAUUUCAAUUCUUGGGGGUAUUAAUGUAAACCGCCAUUAAAAUAGCGUUUGCACAGCUAAACAAUAAAUUAAUUUAUUACCACCACAAAUGGCCAAUUUGAGUCUAUGAGCGUCUAUUCUUUAGAAGUCUCACUAACGUCACUCAAAGGCGUGUUUAUGUAUUCACAGGUAUAUUGUCAUAGCUUAAUUCAUUUGUAAAAAAGAAGUAAGAACACACACACACACACACUGCCUUCCAUCCCCCUGUGGCUGUGUAAUUAUUACCUCAUGUCAUAUUAUACAGCUGGAACUUGUGAGAAAUGAUCUCAUGUUCUCGUUUUUAUAGGCUGUGGCUCAGUGGGGUCAGGGGGUCGUCCUGCAACCCCAAGGUCGUCGGUUCGAUCCCCGCUCUCCCCGUUAGUUGCAAGUGGAAGUGUCCAUGAGCAAGGCACUGAACCCCCAGUUGCUCCCCGGGCGCUUCACUGCAGCCCACUGCUCCUUCAUCACUAAGGAGGGGUUAAAUGCAGAGGAUAAAUCUCCUUCCUGUGUACCUGUACACAAUGACAAUAGAUUGAAUCCAAUCCACUUUUUUCACAUGUAGCCCUACUCCUCUGUAUAUUUAUAAAUGCUUAUUAAAGUUAUUUUCUAAUGCAAACCACA